AUGAUGUGGCUGUUCGUAACCAUUGCUUAUUUAAUGUACAUCAGUGACAAGUCAGAUGCAAGCCCCAAGGCAUCCAUGGAUGUUGGUGAAAUUGUCUGCUACCAUGGGUACCCCUACGAGGAGCAUGAAGUGGUGAGAGACGACAGCUAUUAUCUCACCAUGCAGAGGAUUCCUCACGGUAGAGACAACCCAGGAAGCAUGAGCACCUCCCAUGAAGCAGAGGCACAGGGCUCCAGCAUGUUCUAUCCCCCUCCAAAGCCCACAGACCUCCUGCAGCAUGGCCUGGUGUUGGAGGGAAGCAACUGCCUUACCAACUUGCCCAACAGCAGCCUGGGCUUCAUCCUCACCGACACUGGCUAUGAUGUCUGGAUCAGAAACAGCCAGGGGAAUAGCUGGUUGCAAAAGCACGAAGACUUUCAUGAAAUGGCCAUGUAUGACCUUCCAGCAACGAUCAACUAUAUUCUGCAGAAAACUGGACAGGAGCAGUUAUACUACGUGGCUUACUCUCAAGGCACCAUCACAGGUUUCAUUGCGUUUUCAUCCAUUCCUGAGCUGGAUCGCAAAAUCAAGAUGUUUUUCGCUUUGGCUUCUAUCACCACAAGCUCAAAUAUGAAGUCACCCUUGGUAAGGGUCUUUGACCUCCCCAAAUGGCUGGUUAAGAGGUUUUACAAACUGCCAGUUGCAAAUACAAUACCACUUAGGCAAAAGGGCUAUGUGGAGGUUGCCUGGGCCACUGUCACUUUUGAAGAGUGGUAUAAUCACCGAGUGUCUCGCACCCAGGCAGCCACACCCAUGAACUCAACAGAUGCCAUCAAGCAGAAUAAGGCUAUAAAUCCUGAGACUUUCAUGAAUGUUAGCCAAAUAAUCUGCCACAGAGGGUACCCCAGCGAGGAGUAUGAAGUCCUGACUCAUGACGGCUACUUUGUCAGCCUGAACAGAAUUCCUCAUGGGAGAGAAAAUCCUGGGAACAAAGGGGCCAAGCCAGUUGUGUUUCUCCAGCACGGGGUAUUUGGAGAAGGCAGCCACUGGGUGGAAAAUCUGGCUAACAACAGCCUUGGCUUCAUACUAGCAGACUCCGGCUAUGACGUCUGGCUGGGAAACAGCCGGGGGACAAGCUGGUCCCGGAGACACCAGCACCUUUCAGCUGACCAGGUUGAAUUCUGGGAUUUCAGCUUCCAUGAAAUGGCAAUGUACGACCUCCCAGCCAUGAUCGACUUUGUUCUGCAGAAGACUGGGCAGAAGCAGAUAUACUACGUUGGCUACUCCCAGGGCUGCACGAUCGCGUUCAUUGCAUUUUCAUCCAUGCCAGAACUGGCUCAAAAAAUCAAAAUGUUUUUUGCCCUGGCUCCAGCAGUGAUAAUCAAGCACGCCAAAAGCCCCAUCAUGAAAAUGUCUUUCCUUCUGGACAGGAAAUUCAAGAUGUUUCAGCUUCUGCUUGGCAGAACGGACGCCUCACUGUGGAUGAGAAAGCUGUGGAGGUUUCUUCCCGAGCUGUGCAGGCACCCACUGCUGCACAAGCCCUGUGCCAACCUCUUCUUUCUGCUGGGCGGCUACAAUGAGAAGAACCUCAAUAUGACACGGCUGGAUGUGUACACAUCCCACUAUCCAGAUGGGACGUCUGUCAAAAACAUGAUACACUGGGCCCAGGUGAUGAAAUCAGGAGAAUUCAAAGCUUUCGACUAUGGCAGCGAAAACCCAGCCAUGUACCACCAGGAGACACCUCCCUCCUACCAGGUGGAGGAAAUGCCCGUGCCCACCGCGGUGUGGUCGGGGGGGCAGGACUGGGCAAUUGACUCGAGGGAUGUCCGCCUGCUGCUGCCCCGCAUCACCCAUCUCAUCACCUACGGCCACAUCCCCGACUGGAACCACUGGGACUUCAUCUGGGGCUUGGAUGCCCCCAGGCGCCUCUACAGCAGCAUUCUGGAGCUGAUGAAGGGGUCCAAGUAG